GAAGCCUGAAAGAGGAAAACGUUGAAGAACGUUUCUGUUAGCAGUUGUAGCUUCGAAAGGUUGCAAGUUUCAAUCUGCGUAAACCGCGAACAUCUUUACCGCCAAAAUGGUAUGUAUAACUCUUUAAGUCUCCUUCAUGAUCCUCUUGUAGCUAGGUCUCAUUAUUUUUACAUCUUUUCUUCAGACGGUGGGAAAGAGUUCGAAGAUGCUUCAGCAUAUCAACUACCGAAUGCGGUGCACAUUGCAAGAUGGCCGCAGUUUUAUAGGGACAUUUUUAGCUUUUGACAAGCAUAUGAACAUUAUUUUAGGAGAUUGUGAUGAAUUUAGGAAAAUAAAACCUAAGAGCAGCAAAGCACCGGAACGCGAGGAAAAAAGAGUUCUUGGUUUGGUUUUAUUGCGAGGAGAGCACCUUGUUUCAUUGACAGUCGAAGGACCUCCAUCAUCAGAUGUAAGUUGAGUUUAUUGAUUUACCUCAUGUGAUUAAGUAAAAAUUAAUGUUAAAGAAGAUUUGUUAUCUUGAAAAGUUCAUAUUAGGACACAACACAAUUCCAUAACUGAUGUUAACUUGCAGUAGGGUGAUUAAAUUAAUUUUGUGAUUGAUGAUGUGAUGCAAAGAAUUCACCUCUAGAAUUGCCCAGUCUGCUGAGUAUGGCAGAACUUGACAAGAUCUUGUGCCUGCAAAGGGGAUUCUUCUAUGUGAGAUGUAUGGUUAGAAAGGAAUAAAUUACAUGUGCAUCUGCCAAACCCAGCAGAUGGGAGAACUGAGUUAGGGUUUGGAGAAUUGCACACAAGGCUUUAAACCAGGUUCAUAUACAAUAACCCACCUGCAUAUUACAAGAAAAUGCAAUGUCAAGAUUUUUUCAUUCUUUGUUUGAAAUAGUGAGCUUAAGUAUUAAAUAAAGAGAGGACAAAAAAGUGGUAAAAUUUCUGCACAGCUCCAUACUAUAUUAUGCAUUAAGUUCUUGGAUAGAGAAAAGAAUGAUAAAAACAAUAGAUUGCCUUAGGGAAAACAGAUUUGUUUUUAGGGCUGUGUGGAAAUUUUACCAAAAAAGCAACAUAUUUAGUAAUCAACCACUAAACUCAAGUUUAUCAUCUUUUUUUGACUGACUUUCUGACUCAUGAACUGAACAGUGAGGAAGUCAACUGUGAUUCAUUAGUUUCAAUAUGUUGGUGAAUUUGGCUUCUGUUUGUUACCUUGCUGGUUUUGUAAUGAUACCAGGAAGGGUUUUUUACCUUAACACAGGGUUAAAUGAGUUGUAUAUUAAGUCUCUGCAAAAUCAUGUUUAACUUUCAACCACUUGUUGACCUCUGAAGAUAUUUUUUCCUGUUUGUUUAGUCAAAAUCCAAACUGCUAGGGGCCAAUGCUGCUCCUGGCACCGGAAUGGGUCGUGCAGCUGGACGCGGAGUGCCUGCUCCUUUAGCACCAACAAUUGCUGCACCACCAGGUUUGUGUUUUUUCUGAUUAAGUUGUUGUUGAGCAGGGGAUCACAGAUGAGUUACAGAGUGAUCUGCAUCAUCUGCCUUCUGUCUUUCUCUCUGAAUCUCUUUCUUAAGCAGGACAGUAGACUCAGUGAUGUUGAGAUGUGCCCAUUGAAUUUUAUAAUAUAAUUAUAGUCUUGUUACCCUCAGGAGCUAGCACCAUGCAAUUUUCUCAUAUUCCAACCACACAGGGCUGAAAGAAAAGUGAAGAGGAAAGAAAGAAAGGAAAAUGUCCAUCAGAAUAUAUAGUCUGUGCUAAAAUAAAAGAUAGUUCAGGGCGUGAAAUUAAUCUUUUUUCUGAUAGCCACUUGGCUCCUAAAUUCUUCAUCUGGUAGCCAAGUGAAAAAAAGUUGGUCACCAUUUUCAAAGACAAACAAAAACCUUCUAUUAAGCUGUCAGCGUUCUAGAUAGAUCCUCCAAAAUUAAGUUUGGGAAAAGAUCUUUAAUGUGUCACAAAGUGGACACUAGGAUUGACGAUAUGCAACAUUAAAGCUCCCUUAAAUCCAAGGUGGCGUCUAGUUAUCAAUCGAGAUGCAUGUGUUGCGUUUUGGAAACAAACUUAAUGAGGAAGUUUGCUGUGGAUUCAUCUUUGCAAAUCUUUUUAAUUCACUAUAUCUCUAGGUAAGGUUAUGAUGAAUUUUGAAUUUGGCAACUAAUUUUCAAGAUUUGGCCACCAAAGUGAAAAAUUUAGUUGCAUUGGCACCUGUAUUAGGUGCAAUUUCACACCCUGUAGUUUGACAGCUUGUUUGGAAAACUGUUGUUAAGAAUUUUCAACUGAAAGGGUUAUUCUACAUUGCAGGACUUGCUGGACCUGUGAGAGGAGUGGGUGGACCAGCAGCUCAACUUAUGACCCCACAGGGAAGAGGAGCACCUGGUGGUAUGUGUUAUAUUUUGAAGUUUGUACAGUUCAGGUAGUCUGGUUUAGAGUCCAGAAGAUAAGAAGCAACACCAAGGUCAAGCAGCUAGUUUUCUCAGCAGGAUUUUGUGAGGGAGAGUUUCAGGGUAAAUGCUCACAAAAAAAUGGGGUCUGGAAGGAAUUAAUGAAUCUUAAUUAGCCAUAACUGCAUUGCAUGCAUAAACAGGAACAGUAGAGUCGAGUAUUGCUCUCAACUUUCCUAUCUAUAGUUCUUGAUCUUAGCAAUGUUGCAGUUUCUUUUUAUCUCUGGCUUAAUUGUCUGACUGAAGUAAUUUUAAAUUUGGAUUUAAUGCUCCUUUCUUGUAUUAAUUGUUGCACUCUAUUUUUGCAGGUGGUCCACCACAACAAAACCCACCAGCGUCAGUACCCAGUUCAAUGCCUGGUCCCCCAGGGGGGGCAAUGGGAGCACCAAUGAGAGGUCCACCCCCACCCAGACCACCUAUGGGGGGAGUGCCUCCAGGAGGUAUGUAUUAUUGGAGAAGUAGGGGAAAACUGGAAUAACUUAAGUAGUAAAUGUUCUUGUUUCCUUUUGGGUAGAAGCCGUUAGGCCUGUUUCUCUUAACCCUUUCACUCCCAUGAGUGACUAAAACAGAAUUUCUCCUUUCAAUAUCAAUACAGUAUCAAGCAGACAAGUGAUGAGAAUGAAAAAAUAAUAUAUAGAUUUAGCCAAGCCUAAAAGUGGAGUUCGCAUUUUUUUUCCCCGCACGUCUCAACACAUUGCCUCGGCCAGGACUAGAACCCCAGUUGUCCAACUCGGAGCCUAGUGCACUGACCACUGGACAAAGCUGUGGCGUUGGUGUGCCCGCGGUACAGUUGACCAUGCAUGUUAAAAGUAGCACCUUGUAUGGUCGUAUGGUCAUAAAUCCAAAUGUUUUUGGCUUGAUAGGUUACUACUAUUUUGUAUAAUUAUGGGGCUACGCAAGCUCCGCUAUUAGUAAGGGGAGUAUAAGUUGAUCCAAUACCAAAUUCUUCAAGCUAACAUCACAAGAACUGUAAGGAGAAUUACUAAUGAAUAACAGUAAGGAGAAAGUCAGUCAUUUUUUUACAAAUGAAAAUUCCGUUGUUGUCCACCUCCAAAGUAUGUAUAUUAUUCCAAAUCUUGUUCUAAUAUUUUAUUCCUGUUAUUGAUUUACUUACUUACUUUGAUUUCCAGGCCCUCCAGGAAUGCCUAUGAGAGGUCCCCCUCCAGGUAUGCGGCCUCCAGACAUGGGUCCUCCAGGAAGGGGCAUGAUGCCUCCUGGUAUGCCUCCCCCUGGCAUGAUGCCACCAGGGAUGAGAGGGGGACCCCCAGGGAGAAUGCCACCACCAGGUCUUAUGGGUAGAGGUAAGGAACUCAACUUUGAUAAGUAUAGUUGUAGUGCUUUUUUUUCUCCCCGGCUUAAACUCUCAGAGGCAAUCUACAUGUAACAUCUCCUCACACUGUGAGUACUUUAUUAGCAAAUAUGUUGUUGAAAUAGACAAACUUAUCAGAUGGUGGGUGUUAUUUUGAUGAAUUGCCCAAUUCUCCUAACAUACUCAUGCAGAAUUGUAUGACCAUCAGAAGGAAGAAUGAUGAGUUAAUUUUGAGAGUUAGUGGGUAGAUAAGUCACUCAGUCCCCUUCACUGACCAACUGUUGGUAAUGAAGUUUUUCUACAUGAUACAUUUAUAGGUAUUUUAGGUCACCAAUAUUCUGAUUGAGCCAGAAGAUUUAUUGUGAUCCAGUAUGUAAUUGUGUACACAGUUUUCAUGGAGAAAUAGUAGAAGUAGAAUAGUGUUAAGUAAUUGUAAUGUUCUUCACCAGAACAAUUCUCCAAUAAAAAGUAUUUUUGGAUUUUAGAUAAAGGUUUUUUUGCCCCAUACUUGUAUAACACCAGUUUUUCUUAACUUAUUUUAACUUAACCCUUAAAUUUUCUUGUUCAAUAUCAUCCCUGAAUCAAGCUCAAGGUCACAAGUGUGAAGGAAGUAAUCACUAACUAAACAAGCCCUUGAUUGCUAAACAAAUUCUCUUUUUCAGCGCCAAGUAGGAAAUGUAUGGUAAAUAGUAUGGUGAAUUUUCAUACUGAUGUUAGGAUGUAAAUGGUUAAAGUCAUUAACUAAUAUGUAUUUGUAUUCCUACUAGGUCCACCUCCUGGAAUGCGACCACCACCACGCUAAAGUGAAAUAUUUAAAGUUUGUUGCAUCAGCUGUAGUUAAAAAAAAAAAAAACUAACGAACCAUGUUGACCAUCCAAGAUAAGAACCUUGGGCAAAAGGCAUAAUUGAUGUUGCUUGACCACUUCGUUGGAGAUGAGUCUUAGGGCACCCACUUCACAACAUCAAAAGGAAUUUUUCGUUC